UUGUUAUAGGCUAUCGAUGCCUGUUGCAAUGCAGGAGGCGUGUGACCGGGUUGUUUAUUGUUUAAGUUUGAUGAUUUUUUUUUCCGGGGUGGGAAUUAAGAGUUAAAUAUUACUCAAGGCUAUAAUAUUAUAACGUAACUUCUGCCGGAACACAUUUAUUCUAUAUAAGUCGACUGGUGAAAGAGUUUUGUCAUAGAGAAUACUAACAACAAGACAGGAAAAAUAUAAAUCCUAGAUACACCGUGUACAAGCGAAACAAGCGAUCAUCACAACCAUGCUUACGCAGACGAUAUCCAGCUUUCUCGUAGCACUACUUGUAGCACUUGGCUGUGUAAGUAACUCAAUCGCUAGGCCAAUGGACAGCAAUUUAGUCGACAUUUUACAAUAUAAUUCUGCAGAAACAUCGGCUGUUGUGGCUUCUGGUAGUGGCCCUUCUUUUCCUAAGAGUGUAUGUGACGCUAACAGAUACCAGUGUUUGCUAAGGAGUAUGACCCAGUAUUUUUUAUCAGCAAAUGAAGAAGGUCGGAUGCAAACAUCUCAGAGCAUUGGACAGAAAGAUUACUUACAAUUUUCAUCAGUCGGACUGUACUACUUGAAAAUACAGGCUUGCCAUUCUGGAAAGUAUAUUGCGGUGUUAAACAACACUCUCACAACAGUACAGAAAUGUGAUAAUCAUAUGGAAAGCAAUUAUUGUCACUGGCUUGAAAGUCACACUUUCAAGGGUACCGUCUUCAGCAACAUAGCAACCGGUCAGUACCUCACUGUCACAUCCGAUGGAACGCCAACGCUGUCUGGAGAGUCAAAUAAACACAAAAAGCGGGCAACUUUUAUGAAGUACGACUGCAGUAAAAGAUCAUAACCACUAUACCCUUUCUAAAAUAAGCUAUUAUACCAAAAAUUAAUUAAUUUAUUCGUAUGCAUUCCAUGUUAUUAGUAUUGACUUGUAAUUCGAUUUAGAUCAUAAUGUUGCAAUGGGGUUUUUUUUAUAUUUAUCAAAAUUUUUAUUCUUUAUAAACUUUCUUAUUUUUUUUAUGUUUAUUGUAUUUAUUUGUUUUAUUCUUUAUUUAAUAAUUGCUGACAUUUUUGUAUGAACGUUUAUGCUUAGUAGGCCUAUGCUAUAUUGUGGAUGGGAAGAGUGUUAGGAAAAUUCAGUUGAAUUUAUUAAUUAUAGUAAUUGACAUCAAUUUUAUUAAUCUAAUUAUUAUAAUUAUUAUUAUUUAUUGCGAAUCACAAGGUAUUUUUAUUUACUUAUUUAUUUUUUUUUGUAUUUAAUUGUCUAUUCCUCUUUAUUAUUGCUAACAUUUGUGUAUAAACGUAUCGUAUAUGCUAAGUAUGAUACAUAAAUUGUGGAUUGGAAGACAGUCAGGGUAAAUCAGUUGAAUUUAUCAAUUAUGGAAAUAAUUGUACAAACAUUAAUUUUAGUAAUCUAUUCUAUCUAAUAUAUAUAUUUAUUGCGAACAACAGUGGUUAAUAGAUAAUAUUUAUAUGCAUUGCUGGUUAUCUAAUUUGUAUUUUUAUCAAUGCCAUUAUGUAUUCACACCUUGCAAACAUAAUUAUUAUCUUAAUAAUUUAUAAAUUUAUGUAGAUUUUGAUUGUUGAUCAAUCGAUACUGGUUUUUUGUAAGAAUUGGAACAUCAUUUUCAAUUUAAAAAAGACUAAUAGAAUAAAUUUAAACAGAAAAAAA